AACUCGACGUUUCAGUCUCCGCCCAACUUUGCGGUUAAAUCGAUUGAUUCUCGUGUUCAUCACCAAAACUAUUCACAAUGAAGUACCUCGCUGCCUACCUCCUCCUGUCCCUUGCUGGCACCGCCAGCCCCUCCACUGAGGACAUCAAGGGCGUCCUCUCCGCCGUCGGCAUCGAUGCCGAUGAGGAGCGCCUCCAGAAGCUCAUCGCUGAGCUCGAGGGCAAGGACCUCCAGGAGCUGAUCGCUGAGGGUUCCACCAAGCUCGCUUCCGUUCCCUCCGGCGGUGCUGGUGCCGCUGCCGCCCCCGCUGCCGGUGGUGCCGCCGCUGCUGCCGACGCUCCCGCUGAGGAGAAGGAGGAGGAGAAGGAGGAGUCCGAUGAGGACAUGGGCUUCGGUCUGUUCGACUAAGCGCCUCGCUCCGAACCGAGAAAAACGUGACAGUUCGUGGGGGAACAGGAAUCUGGCGGUUAUUUUCAGUCUUGGGAGGAAAAUUGCCCAUUGGUCUAGUCAAGCCGGGAUACACCAGGCUUUUCUGAUGCAGUU